AUCUCUCUCCCUCUCUCAAAUUUUCAACCUAUAUUCUCGAUUUCUUCUUCCUCAAUUCAUCGAUCACCCUCCUUCCCCGAUCACCGACGUUCUCGUGGGUUUUUCUUCUUCUCCUCUUCUAUUUUUCUUCUGCUAGACUUAAUGGAGGGAACUUCUAGUUGGAAGCCUAACGAACAAGGCGGAGACUCUCUUGCUAAUGAUUGGAGAUCGCAACAUGAGCCUGAUCUACGUAAGAAAGUUAUUGUAGCAAUAGUGGAGAGGUUGAAGAUAUGUCUUUCUAGACAGAUUACCGAUAGUAUUAACAAGACCGCUUGUACAUUUGAAGAAAAGAUUUAUGGCAUAGCCAAAGAUAAGGGUGAUUACUUGCGGAAAAUCCACGAAAAGAUACUUGCUUUCGAAAGAAGAAUCAGAACUGGUACUUCAGCCAAUGGAGCUAACACUCCAGAUCCAGCUCAAGCUUUGAAUCAAGGACAAUCACUUCCCACCUCGUUGACAUAUGCACAGACUCCAACAAGCCAACAAUGGUUAUCUCCAAGCAGCAUCCAGAGCAAGCUCAACAUUCCUGAAUCUUCUGGUUUGCCCACUCAGGCUCCUAUGACCGUUUCUGCGGCUCAGAAUCUAAACGUUCAAAUGGGUGAAAGAGUUGAAUCAAGUCUUGGUCCCGGUCCUCAAAGACAGAUUCAAGGAAGGCAACAGCUUCUUCAAAAGCCUCAACAGCAGCAACUGAGAUCCAACACCAUGUACCAGCAUCACGGGAAUCAGCAGCAGCAAAGUUUGUUGCCUCAUCAUAGAUCAUCGUCUCUUAUUAAGCAGUCUUUUCCUCAGUCUUCUGCUCUUUCUAGUCAUCAACAGAAGAUGGCUGUGCCGUCACAGGAACAUAAACAGCUAGAACGGAAGCAUCACAUUAGUCAAAUGAUGAAUGGUAAAGACACCCAGCUGAUUCAUCUAACAUCACCACAAAACAAUGGGGAGAAACAACGAACCUCCCAGCAGAACAAUAUGGCUAGCUUUAAUGUGCAUGGAUCAAGUUUGUUGGGUACUAAAGGCCAAGAGGUGGAGAAGUCUCAACCAUUGAUGCUGCAAAGGUUUCAGGAAGCAGGUUCUUUGCACCAAAGCCAGAACCUAGCAGACCAACAGAAACAGCCAUAUCAACUGCAGAAACCUACUUUUCAAGAUUCUACAAGCAAGACGUUAAACCCUAGUGGUGGUGACUGGCGAGAUGAGACCUAUCAGAAGAUAAAAGCUUUUAGGGAGAAGUAUAUACAUAUUCUGAGUGAAUUGUUCCAAAAACUAUCUUAUAAAUUGCAAGAGAUUGAUUCUCUUCCUCAACAGAACAUGAUGCCAUCUGAGCCGCGGGUUGAAAAUCUAAGGGCGGCCAGAGCGAAGUUGGGCCAAGUUCUUGUGUUCUUAAAUGUCAGUAGGAGCAGUGUAUCAGAGCAUCACAGAGAUAAGUUUAGUGCAUAUGGGUCACUUGCAUUGAAAUUCACCAAGCAUCAGAGGGAAAAGGAGCAGCAACAAGUGCAUCUCCCUCCUUCUCAGAUCAAUCAAACAUCAUUACAAUCCCAAAGUGGUCAAGUCCAUGCGUCGCAAACAGCAACGCCUAAUACCUCGCAGACAAGGCCUAGGAUAGAACCAAAAGAUGUGAACAAGGUUAUGUCCUCAUCAGGAAAUGUCGUGGUGCAUUCUCCUAAACAGAAUCCUCCAAGUAAUCAACGGGAGGCUGUACACUCUAAUAUCAGCCAGGAUCAGUCUAGUAUGUUUCAGAAGAAGCAGUUUCAUCAUCUCCCUAGGCAAGAACAGCUGUUGGAGAGGCAGAAGCAGCAACAACCGUCAGCUUCAUCCCCUCAGAUGCAGAAGAACUACUCUUCUCCUCAGUUAGUGGAGCAGCAGACUCUUCCUACACCAAUUAACAAAACACCAGCUCAGGAGCAUCCUCUGGUUACUCUUUCUUCUGAACCAAUCUCAGAGCGGCCUAUUGAUCGUCUGAUAAAAGCUAUUCAAUCAUCGUCACCAGAAUCUUUGGCACAAUCAGUAAGUGAGAUGAGCUCGGUCAUCAGCUUAACUGACAGGCUUGCUGGUUCAGUCCACACCAUUGGAGGAUCUAGAGCUCGUUUAGGGGGGGAUUUGAGUGAGAGGACACGGUUCCGUGUGCAACAAGGAGGUAGACAUCCUACCAAGAGAUUUAAGCGCUCACUCACCGCUAUGCCAUCACAAACUGAUAGCUACAAACGGCUCAGUGUUAACAAGAUUGAGCCUAGUUGUGCCCUAGUGCAAGAAAUCAUGGAAAUAAAUGGGAGAUUUGUAGAGACUGUGGUAAACAUAUGUAAUGAAGAUGUUUGUCCGAGUGAAGUUACUUCAGGAUUAACAGUCGUCACGUGCUCUUAUGUCCCUGUGGCUCUUAGUGCCACAUUCAAAGCUCUUUACAAUUCAGGACAUAUCUCACAGAUUCAGCCCUUACGUUUACUAGUUCCAGAUAAUUACCCAUGUUCCCCAAUAAUUAUAGAGAAAAUCCUCUUUGACGGCGUCAGUGAUCACAAGUUUGAGGAUUUAUCGGCGAGAGCUAGAUCGAGGUUUAGUUUGUCUAUAAAGGAAGCAAUGUCACUUAAAGAAAUAGCUAAAGUUUGGGAUGAGUGUGCGAGGGCUACAAUGCUUGAGUACGCUGAACGGCAUGGUGGUGGCACUUUCAGCUCCAAGUACGGUCGUUGGGAGUCUGUUCUAAGAUCUUCAUGAGCUCUAAAUACUUUUUUUUCUAACUUACU